AUGGUUUCCGGCCAGCUCCAGAGCCACUGGCACGCCCGCCAACCAAAAUGGCUCCCACCGACCAGGGCCGCCGCCCCGGAACCUAACUCUGAGCAUGGCAAGCUGCUACGCAUAGAGGACACCAUCGCGAGGGCCGCAGACGCCGGCCAAAGACUCCGGGCCGCCGUAGCACCGCCGCCGACCCACUGGAAAGAGCACCCCCUGCCAGAUCGACCACCAAACCGCCCCCGAGGCGGCCGGAGCACGCAGAUCUGGGCAGAGAUGGAUGGGCUCGAAGGGCCCGGCCCCUGCCCGGCCCGACUGAGGCGGCCGGACCCGAUCCGGAUCCGCACAGCCCACGACAUGCGUGUCUCCUCCAUGGUCGGCCGGACGAGCGCCGUUGCCCACCACGCCUUGCCGAGCUGGACCUCCACCCGACGUCGCCGCGCAUCACCAGAGCCGCCGCGCGCAGAGCUCGCGCCGCCCGCCGCCGGCCACUCCGGGAGCAACCGCCGCGAACACGCACAGAGCCACGCAGCCACCACGCCGUUGCGAAACCGCGCCCGCCGCACCCCCACGCCCGAAGACGGCGCCCUCGCCGGCCGCGCCAGCCCGCGCCGCCGCCACCUGAUUCCGUCAAGCAAUGGGGCUUGGGUGCCGCUGCACCGUCCGUAUGGCCCAUGCUCGUCGUCGGCUGACAAGCCGCCGCCGUCCCUGGUCGAGAUGCUCCGUUGGGAUCAGGUCCGCACCGAGCACGUACGAAGAAAAACCAUGGGCGGCGAGGCGGACGACGUGCUGGACCCGGAUAAGGCGCAUGUGGAGAUGAUUCAGGUGGACUACAUGCUGGAAGGGAGCUUCGGCAUCGGUUCCGGCUCCGGCGACCCGCAGUGGUCCAGGGACGGCGGCGACCCCAUGUUCCUCUCCCAGACUAUGGCCAUCGACACGACGGUAGAUGUCCCGUGGAUCCAGUGUCUCCCUUGCCCAUUCCCACAGUGCUACCCGCAGCGGAACGCCUACUUCGAUCCGAAGCGGUCGAGCACCGCCGCGGCUGUCCGCUGCGGCUCCCGCGCCUGCCGUGCCCUCGGCGCCUUCGCCAAUGGCUGCUCCAACAACAACUCCGCCGGAGAGUGCCAGUACCUGAUCAAGUACAGCAAUGGCAGAGCCACCGCCGGCACGUACAUGACAGACACGCUGACCAUCAGCCCCAGCACCACCUUCCUCAACUUCCGGUUCGGGUGCAGCCACGCCGUGCAUGGCAAUUUCAGCAGCCAGACCUCCGGGACCAUGUCGCUCGGCGGAGGGCCCCAGUCGCUGCUCGCGCAGACGGCCCGCGCCUUCGGCAACGCCUUCUCCUACUGCGUCCCGCAGUCGAGCGCCUCCGGCUUCCUCUCGCUCGGCGGGCCGGCCGACGGGGACGGGGGCGCCUCCACGUUCGCGACCACGCCGCUGCUCAGGAACGCCGAGUUCAUCAACCCCAGCAUCUACAUUGUGCGGCUGCAGGGCAUCAUCGUGGCCGGGCGGCGGCUCAACGUGCCGCGGGUCGUCUUCUCCGGCGGGACGGUGAUGGACUCGAGCUCCAUCGUCACGCAGCUGCCCCCCACCGCGUACCUCGCGCUGCGGCGGGCGUUCAGGAGGUCCAUGAGAGCGUACACCAGGCGCGGCCCCAUGGCGAACCUCGACACCUGCUACGACUUUGGGGGGUUCACCAAUCUGACGGUGCCCGCUGUUUCCCUGGUGUUCGACGGCGGCGCCGUCGUCAAGCUCGACCCGGUGGCCGUCUUGCUGGAAGGGUGCCUCGCUUUCACCCCCACCCGCACGGACUUCGCCCUCGGUUUCAUGGGCAACGUGCAGCAGCAGACGCACGAGGUGCUCUUCGACGUCGCCGCCGGGGCCGUCGGCUUCCGCCGUGGUGCCUGCUAGCUAUAGGUA